AUGAACAUGUUAGCUGUGGAACAACAUUUGGCUACAGUAUGGGUAAAUGACUAUGAAAACAAGUCAGUAAAAGUUGGUGUUAUCUUAAUGCUGAUGGUGGUAGGUUAGGUUUUGUUUGCUUAUAUCAUUAAAUAUAGAUAGUAUGAUCUAUUUUUGCCUUAAAAAUUUAAAAAUUUUGAAAAUUUUAAAUUUUUUUGAAAUUUUAAAAAUUAAAAAUGAUAUUUUAAUACCAGCAAUUUAGGUACUACAAAGUGUUCCAUGUGGUAUUUUUGUGAAUUGGUGGUAUCUGUCAAAAGAUUUCGACCUAAAGAAUGCUACUACCAGUUGUAUACCUAUAGAUUCUAACUGGGAAUUAGCAUUACUCGGCUUCAGUAUGUGCUUUGUAACAUGUGGUUUGUGCUCAGCUGUAAGUCACCGUACUGUUUUUACUAUUCAAAACUACAACACUAGUUUUUUCAGCAUAGUAUUAAUAUAAUGUAUCCAUUUUAGUGGCUGGUAGGUUUACAUCGCUACAACCGUAAGAAGACGUUAAAUCGACUAAAGCUUAAAAGCUUAAGUGCUAGAUAUCAGCAAACUGAGAAUGAGAUCACUAAUAAGUCUAUAACACCUUCAUUACUUGGUUAUAUGGUACUAAGUUUAGUAGGCUUACUUUUGUCUGCAUGGCGAGGAAAGUUUGUUAUUGAUUAUGGCAAGAACAAUCAAUAUGAUCAGCUCAUUACUGAUGUGAGUAUCAUGAGAGGGUGGAUGAGUUUAGUUUUUGAAAACGGGCAGGGAUCCUUCUUUCCUCUUUCUCCCUUUAAUCUGUCUUUCUAGCCUAUUGCCAGCCUUAUUAAGAUCAACUUUUUAGUUAGGAUACAUGUCAGUUGACCUCUACGCCAUCUACCACAUGUUUUGCUUCAUGUACUAUAAUGACUCAAUGCGCUUGACGGUACGUCGAGACAUUUAUCGAUUAUUUGGUAGCAACGCAAGAAUUCAUAACGCAUAUCAAAUAGAGUUUAACAAAGAUGCGGCCAAACAUACGGACGUACACUUUGGUCAACUUCAAGACUCAUGGAAGUGA